AUGGAAGAGAAGACCGAUGAUGUGUUGCACGAGGAGCAGCAAGAAGGCAGCAGAUUGAAUAUAAGUCGAGAGAUUCAUCAGGAAAGCGAAAGAAAAUCCGAGGAAGCAAGUUGUGUUUCACCUACGGCAUCGUUACCCCCACUACUAGGCCUUGGGCAUGGUGCUCCACUUUUGAAACCCACUCCCCGACGACGACGUGUUCCUCGCCGCCGUGUCAAUGGCAACGACGUGUCUCAGCAAGCAGAGGGCCCUCCUACCACUACCACUCCAGAGACCAGUGAGAAGCUACAAUUGAUUAGGGUCAAGUUUCUGAGGCUUUCCCACAGAUUAGGGCAAACUCCACGUAACAGCGUUGUUGUUGCCUGGUUUUUGUAUAGUCUUGGAUUGCCUGAGCUGAGCAGCAGCCAUGAUGCUGGUGCCUUUAUCAGUAGUAUUAAUCGUGCCAUUUCCAUGGCGGAACAGCUUGAGGCAGCAGGUGGUGGACAGGAUCUUGAUUUUGCUUGUACGAUUAUGUUGCUGGGUAAAAGCGGUGUUGGCAAGAGUGCUACGAUUAAUUCUAUUUUCAAUGAUGAUCAAGUCUGCACCACCGAUGCAUUCCAGAUGGGGACGAAGAGUGUUGGGGUUGUUGAGGGUUUUGUUCAGGGAAUCAAAGUCCUGGUGAUCGACACUCCAGGCCUCUCUCCAUCACCGUUUGAUCAAUCCAAGAACAAGAAAACCCUCAAGUCUAUUAGGGCUUUCAUCAAAAAAACUCCACCGGAUGUUGUAUUAUAUCUCGAUAGGUUGGAUUAUACGCAAAGCAUAGAUGCUGACAUGCUUCUUUUGCGCACCAUCACCCAUGUUCUUGGCCCGUCGAUAUGGUCUAACGCCAUCUUGGGUUUGACUCACGCCUCUUCCGCUCCACCAGAUGGCGCUGCUGCCUCUAGCUACGACAUGUUUGUAACACGACGUUGUCAUGCCAUUCAGCUGGACAUUCGCCUAGCAGCUGGAGAUGAUGUGCGGCUCCCUGUGUCUUUAGUUGAGAACCACCCUGCUUGCAGGACGAACCGGGCGACGGGUCAGAGAGUUUUACCGAAUGGCCAAGCGUGGAUGCCUCAUUUGCUGUUACUCUCGUUUGCAUCCAAGAUUCUAGCAGAAGAGAAUGCUCUUCUGCAGACAUUACAAAAUAAUAAUAAUAAUAAUAAUAAUAAUAAUAAUAGUCGAGCUCGAUCCAAGGCUCCACCACCACUGCCACCUUUUCUCUCAUCUCUUCUGGAAUCAGAUCAGCUUCCUCCUUUUAAGCAAUUUAAGAAAUUGACUGAAGCUGAUAUUUCUAGGCUUUUUAGUAAAUCUGAUGAGAAGGAGCAAUAUUUUAUUGAUACCUCCAACCCGAGCCUAAUCGUUAAGCCAGUCCUGGCAAGUAAGUUAUGGGAUCAUGAUAUUAGUGGCUAUGAUGGUGUAAGCGCUGAAGGACGUUUGGUUGUUAAAGAAAAGAUACAAAUGUCUUACUCGGGCUGCGUGGCAGUGAACGUCAUGAAAAUGAAAGGUGCAAACGUGCAGCUGGAAAUGGCCAGCUUGGUUGAACAUGGAAAUAGUAACAGAUCAACCUCCCUAGGUUUCGAGAUGCAAAAAUAUCCUUGGCGUGAAUUGUAUUGCACUCUUCGAAGUGAUACCAAUUUUAGGAAACAAAAAGCUGCGGCUGGUCUCGCUGUAACGCUUUUGGGUGAUUCGGUGUCUGCGGGGGUGAAAGGAGGACGUAAGUUGAUUGCUAAUAAAAGGUUGGGAAUUGAUGUGUAUGGUGGUGGGACAAUGACUAGUCUAGGUGAUGCUGCUUAUUGGGGUAGUUUAGAAGCUCGGUUGCUUGGUAGGUUUUUAUCUACUCUGAGACUUUCUGUGGUGGAUGGGCAUCGGGGUCGUCUUGUUUUCGGAGGGAAUAUACAGACCCAAGUGCCCUUAGGACGUUCAUCUGAUAUAACUGCUCGUGCUAAUAUGAACAGUAGAGGGGCAGUAAAAGUAAGCAUCCGGGCAAACAUCUUUGAACACCUCGAACAUGCUAUGGCCGCACUUGUUCCUCUCUUUAAGAAGCUACAUAGUUAUUAUUAUUCUCCUUAG